UGAGUGCCCGGCAGGGAGGCUGGACGCGGGUUCCAUGGUUUUCCUGGUGGUGUUGGUGUGUCUCCCUGGCCCUAAUGAAUGAGUCACGGUCAGGGGGUGUGGGCGUGUCCAUGUCAUGGCUAACACGCCCUCCAGGCCAUCAAGCACAGGUGCAGACACCGUGCGUGGAUGCAAGCCCACACCGCCCACACGUCAUUCACGCCUCUGCACAGUCCACCACCCCCUCAUGAUUUGCCACAAUGACGGAGGAAAUUUUAUCUCUCAAGUGGAACAACCACCAUACAACAUUUUUUCAUGUCUUAUCAAGUGUCAGACUAAAGGAAGCGUACUCUGAUGCCACGGUGGCAUGUGAGGGCAAGUUCUUUCCAGUGCACAAGUUGGUCAUGUCUUCGUGCAGUGACUACUUUGAGCAGAUCUUCCAGGUGGUACAGUGCCGACACCCUGUCAUUGUGCUCAAGGACAUCACUUACCAACACAUGGACCUGCUCCUCAGCUACAUGUACCUGGGGGAGGUCAAGGUAGCUCGAGGGGAUCUGCAAGGGCUGCUUAGAGCUGCUGAGUGUCUCAGGAUCAAGGGUCUGGCUGUUCCUGAUGAAUCUCCAGUGAAAGAGGAAAUGUCCCCCUCAGUCACCGAGUCAGAAGGGGAUCCCAGCCCUCCUAGAAAACGAUUGAGAGCUGAGGAGGUAGUCAGUCCUCAAGAAAUAACUCAUAUUCCCACCCCACAGUCCCAGAAUCCUGCCACUGCCACUACAACUACGGAUUUCUCUUCUCAAUACCAAGACCAGGAAAAUAGGGAAUUCUUCGACUUACAGGUUCAGCCCUUCGGAGACCCAGUGAAUGUUGUGAAAGAUGAAGUGAAGUAUGAAAUGCAGGAGAAUGCCAACAUGGCCAAGGGAACAGGAGUGCCAGUGAGCCAGAACAUGGUACCAGCAGCAGGUGUUGGCACCCAUGGCACCCACCAACCCCAUACAGGACAGGAACCAUUGUUUGCGUGGAGUCAUCCUGAAGGGAAUCACCAGAACAACAUGAACUACCCCAUGAACGUGCUGCCCAACACACUGCCCGAACUCAACUUGUUCUCUUGUCUCCAGAACAAUGACCCUGGGAACAAUCGAAUAAGUUCACUCAAAUGUGCAUACUGUGAGAAGAUGUUCAUCUACCCUGCAAAGCUGGCAAGCCACUUAAGAACACACACGGGCGAGAAGCCGUUUGCGUGUCCUUACUGCCCUUACCGAGCCACGCAGCAAGGCAACCUCAACCGUCACGUCAAAAUCAAGCACUAUGUAGAGCAAGGCAACUGAUUUCCAAGUGGUCACUGGUCACUAUCUCUAACUUGUACUCUGAGUUACUCUUGUAAAUUUCAAUGUGUCUAUACUUUUAUAUAAACGAAUGUAUUUCUGUUGUGUCUAGAGCCAAGUUGGCAAGAAAAGUCGAAACUGUGUUAUAAUGGACUGAUUGGAGGCUCUGCUGAUGUAUGAGACUAUUUAGUUUCAGACUGUUAGGAUAUGUCCCUUUUUUUACAUAUACAGUUAGGGGCAUACGCUAGAGUUGCGCAUGGCCUCAGUGCUCAUCUCCGUCACACUGGUCCAUGUGCCUGUGGCAGGAAAUAAUUAUAAUCCAUUAACUUGGGACACAGGACCAGUGUGACAUCCGGGUUACCACAGUUGACCUUCCUUAGGUUUCCCCAUGUCCUGUAAUAAAUAGAAAAAUUGGCCUUUUAAAAGUUCUGCUAGUAGUGUAAUAUUUGAUACAUUGCAUUUCCUCAUUAAAUGUCACUGUAAAAAUACGUUUCAGAAUUAUUGUUUGAAGAUCAGUGUUGUCCCGUGUGAGUGCUUCUCAGCUUCCUACUAUUGGUUGACUGACUGCUGUGGAAAGGGGUCUUAUCAAUCGACACAGUUCCGGACACAUCUCUUGCAUUCAAUCUGCGUAAAAGGUUACUGCACCUUGGGGUCAGCGCAGUAGCUCUCCACAUAAAGUGCGACUCCUAACAUGGGCUAACAAUGUAGGUAGAGACAUUUUUGUUCAUUUGACAGCAAAGUACUCCCUACUCCUCCCAGGCAAUGCACUGCUAGCAUCAGUACUCCAUCAGUUGCCAAGAAGGUUGAAUGCAUGAGUGACUUUCCCUCUUUCUACUUUCUGGUCUCAUAUUGCACUUAUAUUUUUUAGUAUUUCAGCCUACUAGAUAUGGGUGGAAAGUUCACUGAUGCAAAAACUAUUGUGGUUGUCAUAGAUCUACAUAAAGCAGUUGUUGACAUCAUAAGAGACUGGCCUGGUAAUUCAACAGAUAUUUCUCCAAUAGGAGAACUUAUAGGUAGUAAUGCAGGCCAAGUUAUGAUGCCAUGAUACCUCCACACACUCCUAGCUGGAAGCAGAGCUACACAAUUGUUGGACAAAAUCAAAUCAGAAACAUCAAUAUUUACAUUAAAACAUCUCAAAGAGGUGCUGAAGAAACAAGGAAAUGCAGUUAAGUACAGGUUGAGAAUCCUUUAUCCGAAAUUCCAAAAUCUGAAAGUUUUUUUAAUGUUGACGACGCGUCAGAAAUGGAAGAUUUCACAAAACAAUCCGUUCUCUUUUCGCAUUUUCUUACUUUUUCCAUAAUAAUAAGACACUUUGGCUAUGUAUAACCUUUCUAAGACCAUAUUUACUUUAUUCCCGCUUUUUAUAUCUUAAGUGAUAGUGCCGUUUAUGUUGAAAUUAAAUGUUUAUUUUAUUUUAUUUAUUUAUUUUUUAUUUUUUUUAAGGUAAACUGUGUUAUAUUGUAAUUGGGUAUUUAUUUCGUUGUUUGCUUCACAUUUAUGCCAAGGUAACUCUGCUUUUCGACAUCUUGUUAACUACGAACAUGCUUAAAGGGAAGAAAAAGAAGAUGAGGAGGAGAUUGAGACAGGACAAAAGUAAAGAAAAAUAUGGGGCAGAGGCAGACAGGAACGAAGGACGGAAUGAAGGAACAAGGGAAAGUUAAAACUCUUGCUUCAUCUGCUGAACCCUUUAUAUAUUAAAGAAGGGAAGAUAAGAAAAAAACAGAUGGGAUGAGAAGGGCAGAGAUUGACACGCCAAUCCUCGUCGACAUAGCCAACUUUUGGUUGGUGACGGCUGAUAAAGUCAGUCUGUCGACUCCCUCUUCAUGGGCUGUCACCCGACAAAGGCCCGCGGUCCCUCCAUCUAAGGACAAAUCUGGAUGUGGAUGUAUGAAUGGAUGAGUAUGAGAUAGGAAGAUGAAUAAAGAGGAAGGAAAGAAGGAAGGAGGAGGGAGGUCUGGCAGUCCCGAGCGUCGGUGCUUGUGGGAAAAUGUAUCAUACCGCCCACACUUCUCAUGCCUCUCAAAGAGUGUAUGUCUCAUCAUUUUAUAAAGGAAUUGGCUUGUCUUACUUGCAAAGUUAUAUUUCAAGUUGAUAAAUACUAUUUAUAAGCAUUUAUAAAUCAAGCAGUCAUCACAGUAACACCUUCGCUCGUUUUUCAUUGUGAUUACCGCGUGUUGUGUGUUCUGUGGUGUAAAGAUAUUGUUGAAAAUGUCAAAAAUUCUGAAAUCUGAAAAAAUCCGAAAUCCACAACACUUUCGGUCCCAGGAAUUUUGGAUAAGGGAUUCUCAACCUGUACUAAGUUUAACAUGGGGUUAAAUUUUAAAAAGUUUUAGUGGUCUGAUAGGAAGCACCUCCUUGGAAUUUGUUUGUGUGGUACUUUUUUGUGCAGAUUGUAGACUUGGCAUUGCAUGAACACUUCAAUAAAAACUACUCGUAAAUCAAU